AUCAUUCUCUUCGCUCUCUCAACCGGCUACCCGCCACUGUUCACUGAUCGUGCUCUCCAUUACGUCGUUCGCCGCCGACCGUCGAUCCCGAUUCCACAGCAUUUCGUCGGCACUUCUCAGCAACCAUGGCCGCCAGUAGAGCCGCACAGAAGAGGUUGACACGCGAGUACAAGACCAUCGUCGAAAACCCUCCACCAUACAUCGAGGCACACCCCUCUGAAACCAACAUCCUCGAGUGGCACUAUAUCAUCACCGGUCCUGAAAACACACCAUACCAUGGCGGCCAAUACUGGGGAACUCUCGUCUUCCCUCCCAACUACCCCUUCGCGCCCCCGGCUAUCCGAAUGCACACUCCUUCCGGUCGCUUUCAGCCUUCUACGCGCCUCUGCCUGUCCAUCUCCGACUUUCACCCCAAGUCCUUCAACCCUGCCUGGGAAGUGUCUACCAUUCUGAUAGGCUUGCUAUCCUUCAUGACCAGCGAGGAAAUGACGACCGGUUCCGUAUCCAGCACAGAAGUCGAACGAAAGAUGCUGGCAGCACGAACAAAGUGGUGGAACUCAACUGGCGGAGGAUCCCACGCAAAAUCGAAUGUGGCAACAAAGGGCAACGUCAAGGCCGGUGACGGCGGCGCAAAGUUCCGAUCCGAAUGGCCCGAAGUCGACAAGGCCAACUGGGAGUGGAUGAAGGAGACCAAAAUUGACCUGGCGACAGGUAAUAGGACGGGAGCGGUAGCAGGGGCCUCUUGCGGGCCCCAACUUAGUAUCGGGAACGGCAGUGGCCACCAAGCCCAGGCUGUUGUCGACGCUGUUGUGCAACAACGAGAUGCUGGACGUGGUUGGCUGAACCAGAACAAACUGCUCGUCGCCGGCGGUGUCGUAUUCUUCUACGUACUGCUUGCGAGAGUCUUGGGUGCGAGUGACAACUAAAGCGGCUUCAGAGGGGUAGAUUUCUGGCUGGGUAGUGUUGUUGCGUGUCGAGAAGCGAGUCAGAUCGUGUGCAAAGGGACGAUGGGGCUAAGCAUGGCGUUAUGUUUUGGGCUUUCUGAUGACGGACAAGAGUGACAUACAG